GAUGCUCCCCAACAAUUCCUGCCAGCGAGACUUCAGAAGGCUAUUGCACCUCCAUUUGAUCUUGAGCCAUGCCGACCGUUCGCAACAUUCCUGCUCCUUGUCGUGCAACCAGUUACCAGACCCGAGGUGACUCUGAAUACACGACCCCUCCGCGGCCUUCCUCGUACAGAGCCUCCGCCUCUCCCACCACGAAGUCCCCGAAGAAGAAGAAACCAUCCAAUGCAUUCUUCCUCUACCGUUCAUAUGUCAUCGCAAACGGCUUGCUUCCCGAUGACGUCAAGCAUCAGAACGACGCGUCUCGGAUGGCUGCACUCAUGUGGAAGGGCGAAUCUGCGGAAGUGCGGAUGAAAUUCUUCGCCGAGGCGGAGAAGAAGAAGGAAGAACAGAAGAAGGAGGAUAGGGAGUUGACAUUAACACCGUCCACGCCGACAUUGUCUUCACCUUCGACCAGUUCAUUCCCGAACUCUUCUCGUGCCUCGUCUCCUGCGACGCCGCGUACCCCUUACUCGCCGUUUGUUCAGACACCUACCACACCCAAGGGAUUUACACCCAGAUUUCCCGAUUUUCUACCUCAAUCACCUUCUCCGUCGCGUCCAUCACAACCUUCGCGGCAUCUCGAACGUACUCUGAAGCACGAAUCGUUCCCUGAGAUAAACUACGACGAACCGCUACUUUUCGCACUGUCGGACGAGUGGGCAUCUCCAAUCCA